GACAUCAAGGAGCACGUGAAGCAGCUGGAGAAGGCUGUGUCGGGGAAGGAGCCGCGCUACGUCCUGCGGGCCUUGCGGGCUCUGCCCUCCACCUCCCGCCGACUCAACUCCAACGUGCUCCACAAAGCCAUCAACGGCUUCUUCACCUCCAACGCCACGCUGCGGGAUUUCCUCCUCGGCUUCCUGGAGGAGUCCAUGGACACGGAAGCGGAGCUGCAGUUUCGCCCGCGGACGGGGAAGGCGGCCUCGGCCCCUCUUUUGCCGGAAGUGGAGACCUACCUCCAGUUGCUCCUUGUCAUCUACCUGAUGAACAGCAAGCGCUACCCGGAGGCUCAGAAAGUGUCCGAUGACCUGAUGCAGAAGAUCAGCUCCCAGAACCGCCGCGCCCUGGACCUGGUGGUGGCAAAAUGUUAUUACUACCACUCCCGCAUCUACGAAUUCCUGAAUAAACUCGACGUGGUCAGGAGCUUCCUGCACGCCCGGCUACGGACGGCCACGCUGCGCCACGAUGCGGACGGGCAGGCCACGCUCCUGAACCUGCUGCUGAGGAAUUAUCUCCACUACAACCUUUACGACCAAGCAGAAAAGCUCGUCUCCAAGUCCGUGUUUCCCGAGCAGGCCAACAACAACGAGUGGGCUCGGUACCUCUAUUACACAGGGCGCAUCAAGGCCAUCCAGCUGGAGUACUCGGAGGCGCGGAGGACCAUGACGAACGCCCUGCGGAAGGCGCCGCAGCACACGGCCGUCGGCUUCAAGCAGACGGUGCACAAGCUGCUCAUCGUGGUGGAGUUGCUGCUGGGGGAGAUCCCGGACAGGCUGCAGUUCAGACAACCCUCUCUCAAGCGGUCGCUCAUGCCCUACUUCCUCCUGACCCAGGCCGUCAGGACCGGGAACCUGGACAAGUUCAACCAGGUCCUCGACCAGUUUGGGGACAAGUUCCAGGCCGACGGCACUUACACCCUGAUCAUCCGUCUGAGGCACAACGUCAUCAAGACGGGGGUCCGGAUGAUCAGCCUCUCCUACUCUCGCAUCUCCCUGGCCGAUAUCGCCCAGAAGCUGCAGCUGGACAGUCCGGAGGAUGCGGAGUUCAUCGUCGCCAAGGUAACAGCCCGGGAGACCCCGACAGGCACCGUCCUGCCGGGCGGCCU